AUCCCAAGAAAAUCAGACUUCCGGAGUGACCUUCAUUCUCCUGGGCUUCUCCGAGUAUCCGGACCUCCAGCUGCCCCUGUUCCUGGUAUUCCUGGCCGUCUACACUGUCACCGUGCUGGGGAACCUGGGCAUGAUCCUGGUCAUCCGGAUCAAUCCCAGACUCCACACCCCCAUGUACUUCUUCCUCAGCCACCUGUCCUUUGUUGAUUUCUGUUAUUCCAGCAUAGUGACGCCCAAGCUGCUAGAAAACCUGAUAGUGGAGGACAGAAGCAUCUCCUUCACAGGCUGCAUCCUGCAGUUCUUCUUAGCCUGCGUAUUUGUGGUGACGGAGACCUUCGUGUUGGCAGUGAUGGCCUAUGACCGAUUUGUGGCAGUUUGCAACCCUCUCCUCUACACAGUGGUGAUGUCCCCGAAGCUGUGUUCCUCGUUAGUGGGUGCAUCAUACUCUUGGGGGCUGACUUGCUCCCUGACACUUACUUACUUCUUAUUGAAGUUAUACUUCCGGGGAAAUAACAUCAUCAAUAACUUUGUCUGUGAGCAUGCUGCUAUUGUUGCUCUCUCCUGCUCUGACCCCUUCAUCAACCAGCAGAUCAUUUUCUUUUCUGCCACAUUCAAUGAAAUCAGCAGCCUGGCGAUUAUUCUGACUUCCUAUGUUUUCAUUUUUAUCACAAUCAUAAAGAUGCGCUCCCCGGGGGGUCGUGGUAAAACCUUCUCCACCUGCGCCUCCCACCUGACGGCCAUCAGCAUCUUCCACGGCACCAUCCUGUUCCUCUACUGUGCUCCUACCACCAAGGGUUCGUGGCUCAUGAUCAGAGUGGCCUCUGUCUUCUACACGGUGGUUAUUCCCAUGUUGAACCCCCUGAUCUACAGCCUCAGGAACAAAGACGUGAAAGAGACAGUCAGGAAGCUAGUCCAGUCCAAAUUAUGUCAUAUACAAUGA